AUGGCUAGCAACAAGCUGGGAGUUGACCAGCGUAGCAGAGGCCAUUCCUUAUUCACUCAGCAACCUCCUUUUUUUAAGGGCGCGGCUUACUCCCUCAACGAGCGUCAGGUUUUGGGUCUGCAUGGCCUCUUGCCGCCGGCAGUGCUCACGCAGAGUGAUCAGGUGCAGAGUGUUCUGACAAAUCUCUACGCCCUCGAAGACGACCUCGGCCGCUACAACACGCUCAUGUCCUUACAAGACCGAAAUGAGAAGCUCUUUUACAAGACCGUCAGGAGUAACCUCGAGUAUCUUAUUCCGCUCAUCUAUACACCAACGGUCGGCAAAGCUUGCUUGAACUACGGCAUGAUUCUCCGGCGUCCUAGAGGCCUAUACAUCACGAUAAAUGACAAGGGUCACGUCCGCAGCAUUCUGCGCAACUGGCCGGAGAAGCGAGUGAAGGCGGUCGUUAUGACGGACGGCGAGCGAAUUCUCGGGCUGGGUGACCUCGGUGCCCAGGGAAUGGGCAUACCCAUAGGCAAGUGUGCCCUCUACACCGCCUUGGGUGGCGUCGAUCCGCGUGCCUGCCUGCCCCUCAUGAUCGACGUUGGCACAAACAACGAGUCACUGCUCGAAAACGAGUUCUACCUGGGUCUGCGCCAGAAACGCAUCGGCACUGAACAAUAUGGACCCAACGUCUCGAUUCAGUUCGAAGACUUGGCCAAUAAGAACGGCUUCGCAUUCCUGGAACGCUAUGGAAAGGACUACAUUGUGUUCAACGAUGACAUCCAAGGUGCCGCUGCUGUCGCCUUGGCUGGUCUCAUCUCGAGUACACGCAUUACCAAGACCAGUCUUUCUGACAACAAGUAUCUCUUAUAUGGAGCUGGCGCCGCUGGUACUGGCAUCGCCAAUAUCCUCGUCGCGGCCAUGAAAGACGAGGGAGCGUCCGACGCACAAGCUCGUUCUCGCAUCUACAUGAUGGACUCUAAGGGGCUCCUAGUCAAGAUGCCAUUCGUGCGCGAUGACGUUGGACACGUCGAGCGUCUCUCCGACGCAAUCACCCAAAUCCGGCCGUCUGUUUUGAUUGGCGCUGCGGCCGUGCCAGGCGCGUUCACUCGCGACAUCCUGAACAUGAUGGCGACCAUCAACAAGAGGCCCGUCAUUUUCGCCCUGAGUAACCCCACGGAGAAGGCGGAGUGCACCGCCGAGGCCGCUUUCAACGGUUCGCCGUUCCCGGAGAUCCGUCUGCCCUCGGGCCAGGAGUUCUACCCCAGCCAGGGCAACAACUACUACGUCUUCCCGGGUGUCGCCAUGGCUGUCACCUCGGCUCAGAUCCGACCCCUCACCCAGGACCUCUUCCUUGCCGCGGCCAAGGCGUUGGCGGGCUUGGUGACUGAGGAGGACCUAGCUGUGGGUCGCACGUACCCGCCCGUGAGCAAGCUGCCCGAGGUGGCGCACAAAAUCGCCGUCGAACUCGUCACCCGGUCCUUCGCCAACGGCACCGCCCAGUACCAACCCGAACCGGCUGACAAGGUGGAGUUCAUUCGCAGCCUCACCUACGACCCCUCCUACGCCGACUUCACCCCCGACUACUAUGAGUGGCCUUCGGGCGGCCACGAACUCUAUUGGACUAACCGGAUUGCCUCGGCUCUAGUGGGGAUUUCCGAUGAAAAUAUCCCACGACGUAUUGAGGAAUCAGAAAUUAACGUCUAG